AGAAGGGGUCAGGCUGUUCUCACUCGUUUUCACUGUUGUCCGCUUCAGCAUUCAACUCCGGCCGCUCCACAGUCUCCACUUGAGUCUUGUCUCGUGUGGAGUUUGAUUGCGAGCCUCGAGAUAACUCACUCGAGAUAAAUGUGACAGGAAAGAAUAAUACGAAAAAUUCAAAGUGCAAGCUUAUCGUACAGCCAGACAGUGCAAGCAUCAUGUGCAGAAUGACAAUCUCCUGAUACUGAACACUUGGUGGAGGACACUUUGAUACCAGUAUCAAUUAUUAAAUGGCCAUCGCAUUCAGUAGACUUGAGUAAUUAAUCAGUGCAAUGGGCGGUGGAUACGAUAGCGGUGAGGAUGACAGUCUCAUGACAGGUCCAGCAGUGAAAGUUGUUUCGAAAAAAUCGGAUGAUCCGGAAGGACCGGUUGAAGACCCGAAGUCUAAAUCGAGUAUAACAAUUAGCUUCAAUGACCUCUCAUACACAAUCCGUUCGAAAGCCAGAGGCAAAGGUGGCAAGGAAGUACUGCUGGGAAUAGAUGGGUAUUUUCGGGGAAGUUGUCUGAAUGUACUCCUCGGUCCUUCGGGAGCCGGCAAAACCAGUUUGUUAAGUAUCCUGUGUGGCCUGAGGGGCAAAAAAGAAGGAGUCAGAGGCCACAUUGCUAUCAACGGAAAUACGUCUUCUACUGAUACCCUCAGAAAAUUGGCCUGCUAUAUUCCUCAGGAAUUUGCACUACUACCUUUGCUUACUGCUCGAGAGACACUUUAUUUCGCCGCGAGGUUGAAAGUUCAAGGAGCCGAUGAACAGAAAAUCAACGCAUUGGUAAUGAAAGUGGCGGGCACAUUGGGUCUCCAAAACUGCCUUUGUACAAGGGCCGGGAAGUUAAGUGGUGGUGAAAAAAAACGUCUCUCAAUUGGCGUGGAAAUUGUUGUUAAUCCCCGAGUACUUGUGUUGGACGAGCCGACAAGUGGACUGGAUAGUGCUGCCUCUCUUCAAGUUAUCACUUUACUGAAAACCAUUGCUCAGUCUGGCUGCACGGUAAUUUGUUCUAUUCAUCAGCCGAGCAGUCAAAUGAUGACACAUUUCGACGAAAUUCUUGUUCUCGCCGAGGGCAGGGAGCUGUACUGUGGUCCAGCAAGUAAAAUUGUGGAGACAUUCGGGGAGGCGGGAUUCUCCUGUCCUCCGUUUUAUAACAUCUCUGAAUUUGUGAUUGAGGUAAUCACCGGCCAACAUGGCGGCGACCUAGAUAAUUUGAGGAGCUUUAGCAACAAGUACCAAGUGGUACCGAAUAAAUCAUUUGUGCCUGUAGUCAGUGGUCAAGAGGACGUUGAGAGAUGCGUAAUAAUAAAAAAUACCGCAAAAUGCCUCAAGCAAAGAUGCGGUGAUUGGCUCAACGAAUUUCAAAUGCUGAUGUCGAGGUCUACGAAGUGUAUUCUACGAGACAAUACCUUUACGAAACUGAGACUAACUGCUCACAUAGUGGUUGGAAUAUUCAUGGGGCUGGUCUUCUGCAAAUUCGGUGGUGACGCCAGUAAAGUAUUGAGCAACAUAGCCUGCCUCUUCUUCUUCCUCCUCUUCCUCUUCUUCAGCAAUGCAAUGCCAGCAGUGCAAAUAUUUCCGAUUGAAGCAGAGGUCUUCGCAAGAGAGCAUAUGAAUAAUUGGUACGGCCUGGGGACUUAUCACCUAACGAAGGUCCUGACAGAUCUCCCUCUACAGACUCUCUGUCCUACAUUCUUUCUGGUAAUAGCUUACUGUAUGACCGGACAACCAACAGAGUACGACAGGUUUAUGAAGAGCUGGUUGAUCUGCUUUCUCCUGUGUAUACUCGCGCAAUCCUUUGGAAUGUUAACUGGAGCCGCAGUGCAGACUCAUGCCGGAACGUUCCUUGUGCCAGCGCUGAAUAUACCGAUGUGCCUCUUCUCAGGAUUUUUCCUGAAGCUCGGAGAAGUCCCAUCGUACAUGACACCCAUCAGCUUUCUCAGCUACUUCAGAUAUUCGUUCGAGGGGCUCAUGCUGGCGAUUUAUGGAGACAACCGAGCGGUCUUGCCAUGUACCGAGGACUUGUGUAUUUUAACCGCUCCUAAUAAAAUACUCCGACACAUGGACAUGCCGUCCCUGGAGUACUCCUCCACGGUUUAUGCACUCCUCGCUUGGAUAGCAUUUUUGCAUUUAUGUAUCUAUUGGGUACUUAGGUGGAAGAGUACUAAAUCAUUGUAGGCAGUGUUCUUAGUUGUUUGACUGAAAAAUCAGUAGUUAAGUCAUUACUGAUCAGACAACACAUUGUGGUGGUUUUGGAAUUGAUUUUCUUGUGAAUCUAUUGAAUUGUGAAGGUAAUAUUCUGUGAGAGCCAGAAAAAAAUGCAGUUAAACCAGGUGAACAAUUAGGAUGAUGAAUUUCUCCUGGAGAUGCCUCCAAAGCGUAACUAAUCAUCGAGAAUGAUCACAGUCUAUGACCUUUAAAAAAACCCUAUCAUGAAGAAACUGUUUUAGUUCCACCUCAGUUUAUAAAAAAUCUUUAAGUCAAUCCCGUUAGAUACGUUUUUUAUUUCCGUUAGAUUCAAAGACAUGACAAAUUCAUCUUGAAUCAGGCUAUCCCGUUCUAUGCUUUCCUACGCCUGUUAUUAUAUUUCCGGUUAUUGCUCAAUGGAUCAGAAGUGACGAUAUUAUUUUUCCAUGUGAUUUGCAUUCCCUCGAGUGGCGUUGAUAUUAUUAUUUAUUAAAUAAUUGCAUUUCGUACUUGUGGUUUUAUGUUGUAAUAUUUCUAUUUUGUGAUAUAAAUAAAUGGAAGUGAUGGCUA